AUAUAAAUCUCAUUUUUUUUAGUGAAAAAGCAAUGGGUAAAAUUCAAAAAGGUUUUGCUUUAAGUACAGCAAUAAUCAGCACCUUAUGCUUGGUGUUUGGCAUUGCAAUAUCAAUAUGUGCUUGGGUAAUUCAGUCUAAGGUGCCAUCAGGAAUUACCACUGUACAACAACAAGGAAUACGGACAACCGAGUCCUUUCACCCAUAUUGGUGGGGAGGAAUUUUUUUUACUGUUCCUGGUAUUCUUGGUUUGAUUGCCGGAUGCACCCGCAAUGUUGUUACAAUGGUGUUUUUCCUCGUCUUUAACCUGAUUUGCUUGUUAUGUUCAUUGGCUGUGUCUGUUCUUGGAGCACUUGCUAUUGUGAUUUGGUCGCAAGUAAAUGAAAAAGUGCAAGACGAAAACAUUUGCAGCACGUUAUAUAAUAAUAGCUGCGAGUGUACUAUUGAUUCCAAAAUUAUUGUAAUUCAUGACACCACCUGUGAAAACUUGUACAGCAUUCAAACUGUUCUUGGAGCAAUGGUUGCCAUGGCAUCGAUCUCAUCAUUACUUGCUUUUAUCGCUUCUUACAUCAGUUGUUGUGCGUUAUGCAAUCAGGAAAAUGAUAAUACAGCUGUCAUCAUCCAGCAAGGUCCCGGCGCGUAUCAACCUCCUGCGAUGGUUGUCAGCCAUACAAAUAACUCCAUGAUGAGCAGUGGCUAUCCUGCUGGAGCAGUUUACCCUCCUCCUGGAGCAGCUUACCCUCCUCCUGGAGCAGCAUACGCUCCAUACAGUGGCUACCCUCCACAAUACAGCCAACAAGAGCCUUACUAUCCCACGGGUGAUAAAUCAAAUUUGGUGAAGAACGAGGUUAUAUAAAGGCGUGGGGAAGAGAUGACGCCAAAGAUCGUAUCUAAACAAAUUUUCAUUAAUUCACUUGAUUGUUUUCAUUUUAAAUGUGAUUUAGCUUAAAGUAUUGUAAAGAUAAACGCUACCAUUUUAUUUCAAUGAUAUGACAAGUUUUUCAGCAUCUUGUAAGUAAUCGUGUUCGUUUUUGUUUUUCGUUUUUAUCACUUGUUUAAAAUUUGAUCUUUUUUUUUUUUUUUUUUUUUUUUUUACGCAAUAACUUUGUUACUUAAAGGAAAAAAGUGUUUGCUGAAAAAACAUUCGGGGUUCAGCUUUGCCACAAAAUCUUUGCAUUUUGCGAGGAAAAAAUUUCGCGGUUCUGCGAAAUUAAAAGGUUAAUACACAGUGGAAAUAAAAAAAUGAUUAGAACGUUUACAGAAAUAAUUUUUUGUCAAUUCUCUGCGCACACUUACUUUCCUCAUAGUAUGUUUUUUAUGAAUUUUUUAUGUUGUGUUUCUACUGUUACAUUUAUUAUAUCAUUAACAUUCUAAUUAUGUGUACAUUUUCUCUAAAUAAUCUUGGUACCACGA